AUGUCAAAUCAACAAGGAACUAUUGCAGAAAAGAGCGAAGAACAAGACGACAAUGUCUCUGAAGUAGAACUUCGAAAGGACACAAUGGCUUCUUCCCAAGAACAGACGGCUAAAGUUGAUAUAUAUGCAUGGCGAAAACGUCCAUCAUAUACCUAUCAGCGGCAUCCAUUAUUGUCAAGAAGGAUAAGUCAAGCAUGUCGAGAUCGAUUAGUGCGCACGCCAACUGUGAUUGCAAUGUGUGGAUUACCAGCACGAGGCAAAACGUAUAUAUCCAAAAAAUUGGCACGCUAUUUACAAUGGAUUGGGAUCAAAACGAAAGUAUUUAAUGUUGGUGAAUAUCGACGUGUUGCUGUUAAAUUCUAUGCAGAUAAAGACUUUUUUGAUCCUGAUAAUGCUGAAGCAUUAGCUGUUCGCAAUCAAUGUGCACAACAAGCUCUUGAAGAUAUGUGCAGUUAUUUAUCUGAUGACGGCGAAGUAGCUAUAUUUGAUGCAACAAAUACAACACGUGAACGCCGUCGAUGUAUUUAUGAAUAUUGUUCACAAACAUUUUGUUUUCGUGUAUUUUUUGUUGAAUCAAUAUGUGAUUCAUCUGACAUCGUUAAUUUAAAUAUUCGUGAAGUAAAACUAAAAAGUCCAGAUUAUAAAGACGUUCCACAAGAAGAAGCUGUAACAGAUUUUCUGUCACGUAUUCAACAAUAUGAAAAACGUUAUGAAACAAUCGAUGAUACAACAGAACGAAAUUAUUCAUUUAUUAAAAUAUUUAAUUGUGGUGAACGUUUUCUUGUGCAUAAAAUCGGUGGUCAUAUUCAAAGUCGUGUUGUAUAUUUUUUAAUGAAUAUUCAUAUUCUGCCUAGAACAAUUUAUUUAACACGACAUGGAGAAUCAACAUUGAAUCAAGAUUUGCGUAUUGGUGGUGAUUCAUCAUUAUCAGCAAAUGGAAAAUUGUAUGGAGAAGCAUUAGCACAAUAUAUGGAAAAUGAAAGUAUACCGGAUUUAAUUGUUUGGACAAGUCAAAUGCAACGAACUAUUCAAACAGCUGCUAAAAUCAAUGCUCCAAAAGAACAAUGGAAAGCAUUAAACGAGAUAAAUGCUGGUAUAUGUGAAGGUUUAACAUAUAUGGAAAUAGCUGAACGUUUUCCCGAUGAAUUAGCAGCUCGUGAUCAAUCGAAAUUCUAUUAUCGAUAUCCCGGAGGAGAAUCUUAUCAAGAUCUUGUUGCACGCCUUGAACCAGUUAUAAUGGAAUUAGAACGAGCGGAAAAUGUUCUUGUUGUUUGUCAUCAAGCUGUUGCACGUUGUAUUCUUGGUUAUUUUCUUAACAAGGAUGCUGAUGAUCUUCCGUAUACGAAGGUCCCAUUACAUACCGUCAUUAAAUUAACACCCAUGGCUUACGGUUGUUUAAUGGAAUGUAUACCAUUACAUAUCAACGCUGUUAAUACGCAUCGUCGAAAACCAAAGAAUUGUCGACCUGAUCGAACAGCACACGAAGCAUUAAAUGAUUUUCUUGUGACGCCACUUGAUCCAAAGCCGGUUCUACGCACGAAGAGUGAAAUUUUUUACAACAGCGAUGGAACGAGAAUUAAAACAACCGAUGUCGAUGGAAAUCGUAUUCAGCGAAACGACAGCACGAGUACUGAUCCAGGAUUAAAUAAUAUCUGUUCGUUAGUUCAUGAUCUUCAAACAACCAAUGGAGAAUAA